UGGAAGAUAAUAAACUUCAUAUAGAAUUGGGCAGGUAUAGCUCUAAAGAUAUGAAACAAGAAACUAAGCAAGAAGUUUAUUUCAUCCUCAAACAGACCUCCAUUCAAUGCUCUGCAGUUAAGCUUAAAUAAACAUUCUGUAUAUUUCAGAAAAACUCUGAAAGAUAUAAAGGAAGAAAAAAUCAGGCUGAUCUUGCCUAAUUGGGCUUCUUUGUUAGCCAUCAGAGUUCUAGUUAAAUUCGUUAGUGAAGACCUUCUCCCUAAAGAAAUAGAACCUAUAGAGUCUCUGAAAGUAAUCUGGCUCUGAGACUAUUUUAAAAUCAGUGAAUUAGUAUUUAUUAUGAUCGAAACAUUCAUAAUUCCUCAGCUUGAGCCUGGAAAUGUCAUCCAGUUCAUUAACGAAGCCUAUGCAAAGCUUAAAAGCAUUGGGAAGAACUGUAUUACUGAUGCUAGUAAUCUCUCUCAGCUGUUUGAGGAAACACCUACAAACUCGAUUAUAAUAAACAGAGAGAAAGAAGAGGAUGCUUGGUACUCUCUCCUAGAUAAAUCCUUGGACUAUAUGUCUAAAAAUAACCCAAUGUCAAUCUUAAAAUAAACAGAAUUCUCAGAUGCAGGUUCCAAAAGCAAUCUUAGAUGAAAUCUGUGAAAGAGUGCAUCGAAAUUCUAAUUCAGUCCCUGAUCAUCAGAUUCUGAAGUUUAUUUGUUCAGUAAAAGACAAAGCAAAUAUUCCAGAACUUCUUCAUCAUGAAAGGAAGACUAUUCUUGAUAAAGCAGAGAAUAAUGGCAAACCUAUACUCACAUGGGAAGUCUGAGGGCUGACUGAGAACUGCCUCAAAGAGAGCGAUCCCUUCUUAUUCAAUGAGAAGACCUGGACUCUCUCAGUUUGGUACAUUAAAGGAUCUUUGCAGAUAUGAAUCAGACAUAUUGAGCAGGAACAAACUUGUGACAUGCUCAAGUCUGAGACUUCUUUUCUACCAUCAGCGAAGGGGUACAUAUCAUUUCAGUAUAAGGUUGUUAUUAAUGAUGAUGAGGCUAAUUCUAAGUCAAAUUUGAUAUCACUUUCUCCAUAUAUGAAAGAUAAUUGUGUUUUGUUUAACCAGAAAUAUGAGUUAAAGGAACAACUUAAAUUUAAGAUACAUCUUCAUAUGUCUAUCAAAUAUACAUAUGCAGCCUGAGUGACAGCUAUUUCCUCAGAUUUUAGCACAUAUUAUCAAAAUGAAAAUUUUGCUGAACUCCUUGAUUUUCAGACAUUGCUACUUCUCUUCAAAUCAGAUGAUCUGGAUGUGGUUACUGAAGAUCAUGUAUUUGAAACCUUUGUGCAAUGGUAUGAUUUCCAGACAAAAAAGCCAAAUCUUGACCAGGAUUGUCUCAACGACCAAAUCAGACAGCUCUGUGACCAAAUCAGAUGGCAAUAUGUCAGUCUUGCAAAGGUGACUCAGAUCCUCACAAAUCGACCAAAACUCGGUGAGAACACAAAUAUCCGUAGAAUUUACAAGGAAGAGUUAAAAGCAAGACUCACAUCUAUUGAAUCUCACCUCUUUAGUAAUUCUUACUCUCGUGUAAGCAUUAACGAGAGGUCUCCCAGAAAGAGUUAUGAAUAUUUCAUUAGGGAAGAGAGUGCUGAGUCCAUAAUAAAUUCCUUAGCAGAUGUCGUCUUAAACAAUCCUCAAACUGAGGAAGAGUCAAUGCCAUUUGAAUCCCAGUCUGAAACAACAGAAGUUGAGAUAGGAAUUAUUGAAGAUUAUGACCAAGAAAAUAUGAAUUUCAACCUGAAUACUAAAACUAGAAGGACUACAGAAUCUCAUAUUCUCCUUCAGAAGCAAAGAGAGUUUGAUUCCUUCUUUAGUAUCAAUAGAACACUACCCCAAUUACAAAAUAAUGAGAAAAAGAAGAGGAAGUUAAGGAAUUCCAUCUUAGAUGGCUCUAUGCAUAACUUUAAAGCAACACAAAGUAUGAAGAGUCCCACUUCUAAGCAGCAAAAUAAAAAACCUCCUCGGGUCAGAAAGAAUGUAUCUUCUAAACUAGUUAAGCAGUUUGGGUCCAAACUUGUUGGGACUGAUUUUAAAUCCACUCAUGUAAAUAAGCCAAAGAGAAAUAGAGCAAAAACGAAGACUGAUAGGAAAAAGAGUCCACGUAUAGGUUUCCUUAAACAUGAAACUAAGAAGUUCAAACGGCCUUCUAUUGUUAAAUAAUAUACAUUCCAUCUUGA